UGUCUCUCCCUGUUCCAAAUGCAGGCAACUCUUUUCUCCGACCUCAUCUACUCUUCCCUAAAGCUAGACACCCAUCUCUUAUUUUUUGGUGGAGUUUGAGGCCUCUGCGAGGAGAAGCAAUAUACAACCAACUGAAAAGUACUGCAUCUCACAUUUGGAACCUUUUGGAACUGUCUAGAACCUUCCAGAACCUUUUAGAACGUUAGAAUUGUCUGAUCCCUGUUGACGUCUACUAGGAGCCACCUGAGGAACUGAAGCAACUUUUUCGCUUUUCUCUGACUAGUCUGUGGUCUCUACUGGUCUGUACUAGUCUGAACUGGUUUUUGUGGUUUGUACUGGUCUGUAGUGGUCAAGAUGCGACCGUUAGAGCUAAAGGCCCUCUGUGCAGCGUUGCUGAUCUUUGCAGUGGUGAGCGCCACUUCCUGUCAGUCGGACUCUUCAGACUGCUCCCAGGCUGAGUCAUGUGACCUGUGUGUUGGAGACUCCACCCUCAACUUGACUGGCUGUGUCUGGAGUGUCUGCGUGAACGGCAAUGAUACUGGGUGUGUGUCCGAUCAGGAUGAUUCUCAGAACUGUAAUGUGACAAGUGACCCAGACAUGUGUACAGUCAUAGAGAUCGAGGCAGAAGGUAAAGGGGAUUCAGAUGGGUCUCCUGCAGAGCCGUCAGAGUUCUCUCAGGCCAGCUUUGACCUGUCCAGUUUCAUUGGAGGCAUCAUCCUGGUGUUGUGUGUCCAGGCCGGGGGCUUCUUCACCAUGCGCUUCCUCAAGAAAGAUGCCACCUACGACCCUAUAGAGCAGCCAGCCUAGAGGAGAGAGAGAAGAGGAGGACAGUAAAAGAUGAAAGAGGGAGGGAGCUGUUACUCACCAUGCUGUCACGAUGCUUUGUAUGACGUCAUGUACCAUACUCCAGUGUCUGUGUGUGUGCGUGUGUUGUACUUGUGUGUGUGUGUUCUCUUUGUCCUGUCAGGUGGCCUUUCCCUGAUGCCUGUGUGUUUAUUUCUAUUUUCCUUGUCUGAUUUGUUUCGUCUGGAUCUAAUAUGUGUGCAAUAUUUACAUUGGGGUUCAGGUUCCAUGUGUAAUGAAUGUGUAAUGAUUUGAAUCGUGUUUAAACAUGUUCAUUAGUUAGUUUUGUUGAACUGGUUUGGUUUGAGCUGCAUUCAGGAGGGAGGGGUCUGGGAUCUGUUCUGUGUUGUUUGUGAAAAUAAACACAAUACAAAAAAAUA